AUGACUACCACAUCACACGAUCCGGAAAAGGAUUCUUUUCCGCCGGAAGAAACCAAAAACCCAGGCCGUGGUGAGGAACAGAGCAGCAGUAGCCAAUCGAGCGACAGCGAAGAUGAGAUCACAGAGGUUGGCCGGAGGAAUGGAGACCGGUCCCGCAAGUCUGCCGCGGCCGAUGCCGAUGCCGACUCGGAGGGGGACGGGGAGGUGGAGGGAGAGGAUGGGGACCCAUCAGCAGCCGGCAACGCCCCGGCGAGAACGCGGUCCCGGGCCUCGUCCACCCGCUCCCGAGCCCUUUCCAUCGUCGCCCGGUCUAAACGGCGCGGGUUUCUCGCACAGCUCACCACCAUCCCGGAAGUGGAUAACCCGUAUCAUUACACCAACAAGACGAAAUGGACAAUCACCUUGAUCAUCGCUCUCGCCGCGGCCGUCUCACCCAUGGGCUCGUCCAUCUUCUAUCCCGCCCUCACCGAAAUGUCCAAAGAAUUCGGCGUCACCCCCACAAUCACCAACCUCUCGGUAGCAUUCUACAUGCUCGCCAUGGCAAUCUUCCCCCUCUGGUGGUCCUCCUUCUCCGAGACCCUCGGCCGCCGCACAAUCUACCUCCUCUCCUUCACCCUCUUCGUCCUCUUCUCCAUCCUCUCCGCCGUCAGCGUGAACAUUGAGAUGCUCAUCGUCAUGCGCCUCCUCGCCGGCGGCGCCAGCGCCAGCGUCCAGGCCGUCGGCGCCGGAACCAUCGCCGACAUCUGGGAGCCGCGCGAGCGCGGCCGGGCCAUGAGCAUCUUCUACCUCGGGCCCCUCACGGGCCCCUUGCUCGCGCCCAUCAUCGGCGGCGCGCUGGCGCAGCGGUUCGGGUGGCAGUCGACCAUGUGGACGCUCGCCAUCUACGGCGGGCUCGUCCUCGUCAUGAUCCUGUUCUGUCUGCCCGAGACCCUCGCGCGUCCCAGACCUGUGGCAGUACCGCAGCAGCCUCAACUCGUAUCAGAAGGCACCGAAAAGAACGCCCUCGCCCGGACAAAAACAACCGAAUCCGUAAAAGUCCACUCCAAAAAGGCAGCCGCCUUCUUCAAAAAGUCCUUCAUCGACCCCCUCUCCGUCCUCUUGUACCUCCGCUUCCCGCCCGUCGCCAUAACAGUCUGGUUCGCCGCCGUCACCUUCGGCGCCCUCUUUGUCGUAAACAUCUCGGUCCAGGCCACCUUGUCCCAAGCCCCCUACGGCUUCAGCGAGCUCAUCAUCGGCCUCUUCUACUUCCCCGCCGGCCUGGGCUACUUCCUCGCUUCCCUUCUGGGAGGCCGCUGGCUCGACGUCAUCAUGGCGAGGGAGGCCCGUAAGGCGGGGCGGUACGACGCCGACGGGAAAUUGAUCCUGCUGCCGGAGGACAGGAUGCGCGAGAACAUCUGGAUCGCGGCGACGGUGUACCCGGCUUCGCUCAUCUACUACGGCUGGGUGGUGGAAAAGGGCCUGUUUUGGUUUGUGCCGUGUAUCGGUCUGUUUACAUUCGGCGCCAGCUCGAUGCUCGUGUUUGGCGCCGCCACGACCAUGCUAACCGAAUUCAUGCCCAAACGCAGCUCGGGAGGCGUGGCGGUGAACAAUUUUGUCAGAAACAUUUUCAGUUGCAUUGGUGCGAUUGCCGCGCAGCCCGUGAUUAACGCCAUCGGCAACGGGUGGCUCUUCACGAUACUGGGUAUCUUUGCCUGGGUGUCGGGCUAUAUCUGUGUCUGGACCCUUAGGAAGAAGGCCCCUGAGUGGAGGAAGAGCAUGGACGCGGCGUUGAACAAAUGA